AUGAGGGACGAUUUGCCGCGCUUCCCCACGCCAUCUGAGGCGUUUGGAGGCAAAAAAGCCAGUACAAAGUCGCCUGCGUACGGCGAUCUGGGCAAUAUUCCCAGUUUGCCCACCCAGCGACGUCGCGAUACGUCGUCCCCAGUCUCUCAGUAUGCUCCUGCCCCUUCGCGUCCUCCGGCACAGGCUGGCCCUGUCCCGCAACAGCGGAACGGCUCUGGUGGUUACUCUCGCCAAAAAGCUCAAUUGCCUAGCCAAACACAUGAGCAGGAUCCGCAGAGAGCCUAUGGCCAAGCGCCCCAAGGUUACUACCAAGGGUCUCAACCCAGCUUUCACAGCGCUCCACGGAAUAAUUACGCACCUCAGCAGCCCCAACAGCAAAGCUCGCAGCAGCAGGCCUACUAUUCGCAUCACCAGCCGUCUGGCCAGCCCCGUUCGCAGUCCCAGCCUCAGCUCCCGCCCCAGCCUCAGCACCACCGGCCAAGGGUAACACCCCCGCAGCAGCUGGCAUCGCCCACUUCUCAGCAGAGACAGCAGUCGAUCCCUCAGUCGCAACGAGGGCCAACUGCUAUGCCUCAGCCCCCGCAACCGCAGGCUCCGCCUCAACCCCGCCAGCCCCGUGACGACUUGCGAGCGUUGUUUGAUAGCGUAGAUCGCAACAAGACCGGAUACCUUACUGAGGCUGAGCUGUCUAGCGCCCUGGUAAACGGCGACUAUUCAAGAUUCGACCCCAACACCGUCAGGGUCAUGAUCCGAAUGUUUGACAGAGACAACGAUGGAGCACUUCAUUUUCGGGAGUUCGGCCAGUUAUGGAAAUACCUUCACGAAUGGCGUAAAAUCUUCGAUCAGUUUGAUACUAACGCCAGCGAGGCCAUAACAGUAGACGAAUUUAGUGCUGCCCUGGCUGCGUUCGGAUACAAACUCAUGCCAGAAUGUGUUCAGUUUGUGUUUGCGACUGGAUCGCGCGUGAACAAAAGCACUGGCAUUCGCGAAAUGUCCUUCGACAUGUUUGUCAAGAGCUGUAUUAAUAUUAAAAGCAUCACAGACACAUUCAAAAAAUACGACUCGGAUAGAGACGGGUUUGUGACAAUGAGCUUUGAGGACUUCCUAACCGAGGUCACUAAACUGGUAACUUGA